CCUCCCUUUUACAGAACAGUUUCUGGAGGGUGCUAGAAGAAAAUCCAUCGUACGUCAGCCGAGAGGUUGAAUUUGAUAUUAGCUGCACGAUGACCUAGUUCCCAGGGGCUCGAAGGAGAACCAGUGCCUUGAAAAAUGAGAGCGUCAAGGAAGCAGGUUAUCUAACUGCCCAUUCUAGUUGCAGCCAGGAGAGCAGCCCGGCCAGCCCUAAGCGCUGCCUUCAGCAACGCGCUGCCUGCAGAGUGAUGGUCUUAAAAUGAAAAGGUGCUGUGAGGGCGUCGGGCUGCCAUGCCUGUUUAAGGGUGUUGGUAUGGCCAGCCCCCGGCCUCCCAAGUACCUCCUCGUCUUCGAUUUCGACGAGACCAUCAUCAAUGAGAACAGCGAUGACUCUAUCAUCCGGGCAGCGCCGGGGCAGGAGCUUCCGGAGCACAUCCGACAGACCUUCCGCGAGGGCUUCUACAAUGAGUACAUGCAGCGCGUCCUGGCGUACAUGGGGGACCAGGGGGUCAAGAUGGGGGACUUCAAGACAGUCUAUGAGAACAUCCCCCUGUCCCCCGGCAUGCCGGACCUCUUCCAGUUCCUCUCCAAGAACCACGAGCUCUUCGAGAUCAUCCUCAUCUCCGAUGCCAACAUGUUUGGCAUCGAAUGCAAUCUGAGGGCAGCCGGUUUCUACUCCCUCUUCCGCAAGAUCUUCAGCAACCCGUCCGGCUUUGACAAGAAGGGGUACUUCACCUUGGGGCCCUACCACAGCCACAAGUGCCUUGACUGCCCGGCCAACAUGUGCAAACGCAAAAUCCUAACGGAGUACCUGGCGGAGAGAGCCCAGGAGGAGGUGGAGUUCGAGAGGGUCUUCUACGUGGGAGAUGGUGCCAAUGACUUCUGCCCUUCCGUGACUUUGACUUCAGCUGAUGUGGCUUUCCCGCGGAAGGGCUACCCCAUGCACCGGAUGACCCAAGAGAUGGAGAAGAAGCAGCCUGGAGCCUUCCAGGCCACUGUCGUCCCCUGGGAGUCGGCUGCAGAGGUCGCCCGCUAUCUCCAGGAGGUCCUCAAGAAGAAGUGUUGAGGAUGGCUCAGAAGAAACUUGCGUAUUACAAGCGGCUGGGAAAGGAGAGGCCUGGGGGGGGGUCACGCCCUGUACCCCACGCUCAUCGGCACUGCUCGCUCAGCCCCCGCUCCUGGGUUGCUUUCCUGCCUGUCCUCUCCCAGCUCCUUUCUCCCCGGUGAUUAAAGCACUUUCUCUAGGUCCCCCCUUCUCCUUCCCUGCCAUGUUGAGAUGAAGCCUUCUCUAUGCAGCUCGGACAUCUACUCCAACGUGGGUGUUUGCCAACACUAAUGGUGAUUUUUUUUUGUUUUUUGGGUUUUUUUUGUUGGGUUGUUUGGUUUUUUUUUCCUUUCCCUUUUGACUUCACAGGAGCAAUUCCCAAAAGCCCAGAAGCCGGCUCCCCCUGGGCUGGGCCCUGCACAUGCUUCCUCCUGCCUUCAUCCCCCUCGCCUGCCCGACCUCCGCCGGCCACGCCAGGAGCUGCGUGCUGUUGCCUUGAUCCUGAUGCUCGAGGGCUCCUUGCCUCUUCAUGAGGCCACUGGAAAUUUAAUCUGGGAAAUUUGUGCUGCCUGGGCUCCCCGGCUUCCCCUCCGCACCCCGCCUGGGCAGGGCAGCCCAUUGCAAGGCUCAGCAGCUGAGCCAGGGAGUUAAUUGUCCCUUGAGACUUUAUUCUCACACAAGGAACAAGAAACCUUUUGGAAAGGUGGUUACCUUGGAAAAAAAAAAACUCCUCUAGUCCAUCCCCACCCGCUUGCCCAGGGCAUGGGAACGGCGACCGCAUCCCACUGCAGGGAGGAGGACCUGCCCUUGCCUUCCGCUUCCAUCCUCUGCUUCUGCUUCCAGGGCAAAACGUCCCCCGUGUCCCCGGGGCGGACAGGUUCCUCCUCACUCUGAGCCGUUACUGGUCGUCUCCUCGUGUUUGCUGGAUCGUAUCGACUCCCCUCGUACGCCGGGAGGUGCCAAACCUCCUCCCGGGAGGUGCGGUGCUGUAGCACUUCUCCUGGGAAUCGGGUCCCCCCAAGCCCCCUCCCCGUGCCCCGCUGCAGUAUUAAUUGCCCCUUCUAAUUGCACUCUGCAGGGGGGGACCUACAGUAUUUGCUGCUCUCUGGUGUUGGCUUCUCCUGGAUUUAUCCGCAGCCUUACCAGCCCCUGAGGGUGGCUCGUAACUCCUCCAAAGCAUAGAAACCCUGACAGCAAACCUGAGCAGUAAGGAAAUAACCAAAGCAGCCCUGAGUUGGUCCUCCUCUAUUUCAUUUCACCUCUCUUCGUUCUUCCUCCGCCGGAGCCUGUUCAACUGUGUGGAACUUAAAGCCAUGGAAUUAAAAAAAAAAACCCCAUAUAUAUGUAUAUAGAUAUAUAUCUAUAUAUUGCAGAUACACAAGUUGUUUGUAUCCAGGAUAUAAACCUGGGUGUGAAACGGC